GACAUUGUGGGGAUUGAGCUGCCUGCAGGCAGAGACACCAAGUUCGCCCUCAUAGUCGAGAAGGGUACAUCACCUGGCUGGCUGGCUGGAUGGCUAAAUGGCUGGAUGCAUCAAUGUCUGUCUGCAGAGACAAUAUUCUCCAAGCUCAUCCUGUCGGACUUCGUGCAGACACACGGCCCCCUCAUACUCGUCACGGCACACGGGUAUAUAUGACACAAGCAGCAUCCAUCCGUCCGUCCAUCCACACGAAUGGCCGUUUGUGUGCAGCUAUCCCGACUUGCCCACGCGUCACUUCUUGCGUCUGCUGCGCGACACGCAUCCCUGGCUGCCCUUCGGCUGUCUGGUCGACCACGACGUCCACGGCUUCAGCAUCGCGGCCACUUACGUCAUCGGCCCUGAGAAGACCCAAGACGGAUGGUUCAUGCAGGUAAAGCACAAGAGACACACGUGAACAACGAACAGGGAGACAGACAGACAUGAUUAGACAUAGACACACAUACAUCCGUUUUGUCAGGAUGUGACUUUGUCUGACGUCUCUCUGUGCACGGCGGCAUCCAUCACCCACACAGAGGAGAGAUACGGGUGACUGCGUGAGCGAGAAGCACGACACCUGCAUACAAGAGUGUGUGUGUGUGUGUGUCAGAGUCCAGCCGGGCGACAUGGCCAGCUUCCGCAGCGAGGGCGAGCGCAAGCGACCAGAGAAGCUGCUGGGACGGCUGCGCGAGGCGAGAGAUGCAGGGAAGAUCGACAACCACUGGUGCGUUUCCCUCGAUGAGAUGAUCAGACGCAACAAACAGUUUGAACUCGAGGCCAUUGAGAGUUUGGAUGCGUUUGUGGUCGAUCGCAUGACGGCUGCCUGAGCGUGGGUGACUUACCCAUGACGUGCAUGCACACACGCAUUCAAUCAACAUGAUGCAUGAUGUUACAUGAUGUAUCCUUCAUGACACAUGAUGCAAAUGCGAAGGAGCGCGUGGGCUUGUAUAGUGAAAGUCGCUGAGCGGCGAGUCCAGACACCCCGGGAAGCUUACCAUUCCGUUUCGACAAUUCCGUUUCCGUUUGGCCCGGAUGUUGAUUCUGCCCGUGAUAGUCCCUGAGCCAUCCCCCACACGAAUGGUGUGUGUGUCGGCAGCUGCCGAGUGGGAAUGGACGGGAGGAAUGCA